CUAGGGCGUGAGGAAUGGGCUUUACGAACAUCGGUCCUCGUCACCAACAUCCAACAGCGGCAUUCGGGAAAAGGUGUGUUUCCGGAGCGGCGGCUGCUUCGUCUGACGACGAUGUGUGGGAUUCCGAGCAGCGGCGAGCUGGCGGGCCACUUGGCCGUGCUUGUGCUGACAGUCGCCUGGCUCGCCCUGACCGGCCUGAAGGUCGCCGAGUACAUGAGUGAGCCGACCGCCACCAGAAACGUGUGGAAGAAAGUCAUCUACCUGCCGCCGUUCACCGUGUGCCCUGCCUUGCGCUUGCCAUACGUGCUGGAUGCUAACGUCACGGACGCUGUCGGCGAGGGCGCCACGCUGGAGGAUUUCUAUGACCAACUGGGACUGGACCCACUGGACUUUCUCGCGGGGCUAAGCGCAUCGCAAGGGCGCUCCUAUGAGUCAUGCGACUCAGGGGGAGACUGCGUUAACUUUACGAAAUCGUUUGAUUAUGAUGUCGGAGGGAUGUGUCUCACCUCAAAGGCUGCAUCAUCUGGCUUUCAUUUUAAUUUGGUCCACAAUUUAGCUUACGCAUAUGGUAUUUCCGACUAUAUAUUGACUUUCGACAUCAUACUUCAUGGUCAGCCUGAUUUCUACGGAGCUGCCUUCGCAGACGAAACUAUCCUCUACUUAUCGUCCGUUCAGAGAGGGAUAAAGGUAUCCAUAAGAACUGACCGAAGAAUCGAAGCAAAUCUGAAACGGGAUCCUUGCAAUGACAAUCCAACAUACAGCAAACGGCUAUGUGAGCGCCAAUGUUACUUCAACUGGCUAAACUGCAGUGUCCUCGACGCAGUCGACCUCAGCAAGCCGCGCUGUCUGGCCGCCGAUGGUUUAUGGAUUCAGCUACUGGAUCCUCUGUCGAAAUUCGCCGAAGCUGCGGAUGGUAUCGACGCCUGCCAGUGUCCGAAAGAGUGUGUGACUGACACAAUCCAUAUUUCCAUAGAACCAGACUACUACGUGGAGGAACAUGACAACAUCACUAGCAUUUCUCUACUCCCGUCUACGACGAUGAACAUCCUUGAGACCUACGUCACAUACACCUUCUCCGAUUUGAUGGCGGACAUGGGCGGCUUCCUGGGCCUGCUGCUAGGCUCGUCGCUCCUCUCCGUGUGCCAGCUGCUUCCUCAGAUGACCAAGUGGGCGUGCACCAAGUGCCGCGGUGAGCGCCAAGACCCCGAACAUGGCUUGGCGCUGAACUCCAAGAAGGACCGCGUCGCCACUCAGGCGCUCCCUGCGCCGACCGAUCGUCGCCGAGGUGAUAUUGUGGUGUGCAUCUCGCCGAGAGUGGACGGAGCCAGUGAGCCAGUCAAGUACUAAUAUGUGUACACUGCACAGUCUCUCUUUAAAGGUAGUGUGCCACCUUCGAAUGAUUUCCCAUUUUAUUUUUCCUAGGAUAAGAAGC